UGUUUUGUGUGUGUGGGUGUGAACACUAACCCAGACACACAAAACACACACAGCCACAGUUCUUGUUUCCCACCAGCCACGGGUUAGUCACACAGAAAGCGAGCCAGAAGACUGUCGACCUCUCAGGUAACUUACAGCCGUUGGAGAAGAAGUCAAAAAAAGCACAACCAUGGGGAAAGGAUGCAUUACAGUCACCAAGUACUUCCUGUUUCUCUUCAACCUCCUCUUCUUUAUCUUCGGAGCAUUGAUCAUGGGCUUUGGCCUGUGGGUCCUUUUUGAUAACCAAAGCUUCAUUGCUGUUCUACAGGAAUCAUCAGACACAGUCAAAGUGGCCUCCUACAUCCUCAUCGGAGUGGGUUCCUUGUCAAUGGCCAUGGGCUUCUUUGGCUGCAUAGGAGCCAUCUAUGAAAUUCGUUGUCUGCUGGGUCUGUAUUUCACCUGCCUCCUGCUGAUCCUCAUUGCCCAGGUCACCGCUGGAGUUCUCAUUUACUUCCAAAGAGAUCGGUUGAAAUAUGAGGUGUCCAACAUCAUAAAGGGCUUGAUAGUCAACUACACUGGCCAGAACAGGACCACAGAGCGCACCUGGGACUACAUUCAGAAGACGAUGAAGUGCUGUGGAUGGACUGGUCCGGGCAACUGGUCUGAGAACAUUGUGAUCAGGAACUCCUCAAACCUCUACCCAUGCUCUUGUCGCAAUGAGUCCAUUCCUGGCACGGACAUCAAGGACGUCGGCCUGUGUGAGACACUGUCCACAGAAACACCACCCAUCUAUAAAACGGGUUGUAUGGCCAGCGUGGAGAAAUGGCUCCUGGACAACUGUGCAGUUAUUCUGGGAAUUUGUGUCGGUGUGGCUGUCGUGGAGCUCCUUGGGAUGAUCCUCUCCAUGUGUCUGUGCAAGAGUGUCGUCCAGGAGGAUUAUACCAAAGUACCGAAGUACUGAGCUGAAGACAGAGCCAGCUUCACACCACACACAGAUGGAUGGACUCUUUUCCUCCCUCUCUCCUCUCCUUGUCUCACAUUCUUAUGAACACACACACACACAAAUUGAGACAGCUGUCUCCACCAUUUGAGCUUCUCCUGCCUUGACAGCUGUGCAAAUUUCUCACGCCCCACAUGUCCCCCACACACAUAAACACACAUAAACACACACACCUCUCAAUCAAGCUUGACACACUUGUUGGACUCAAUUCCUCAAGUUACCAUAGUUUUCUUAUUAUUUUGUGUUUUCUUAAGGAGACAUUUCCGAUGUUUUGGUUGUGUUUUUUUGGCAGAAGCCUGAGAAUUCCACUGUUUGAUACUAUGCAAAUGUUCAUUUAUGUGUUGUUUUGUUUUACUUGGCUGACCUCAAUGAAGCGCUUAACAUAGUAGUAGAGAGAGCACUUUUGUGACAUUUGGUGAGCUGAGAGCCGGAGCAUCUCCUGACUCUGGGGCAUGGAGUCGAGAGGGAGACGGGAGGGUGUGGGUGGGUGCGUGGUAGACACUCAAGGAUGGAGUGAUCCUGCAGCUGGUAUUUUUGGUACAGAGGGUGGAGGAGAGGCCCAGGGCUGAGCCAGGGCAGGGCUGCUGCGGUGAAGGUUUUGGCUUCUUUCAUCAGUUUCCUGUACCCAGUAGCCCUGAUAUUAACCUCCGUUUACACCCACCACCGCCGCCGCCUCCUCCAUCCUGCUAUCCUUGUCUUUAAAUCACGUCUCUUUCUUUCGCUCGGGUGUGUCUGACUGAUAGCCAGUAUUUUCCAAAAUUACUAGUUUUGCAUGAAGUAAGUGUGUGUAUGAUGUGUUGAGUGAGUAUUUUAUUUCUUUUUGUUCUUUUUUAUAUUCUUAUGUCAUCUCUUUUUUUUUUUUUUUUUUUUUUACAACUGUACAUAUGACAUCGGUAAGGGAUUAUGGCACUUUAGUGCUUGGUCAGCAUUUUAUAUGUGAAGGCUAUCACCCACAUGCAUUGUUUUAAGAGUCCCAUUGUUCUUUGUUUCCUGUCUAUUGUUUAUAAUGUACAGAAUGUGGCUACUACAGCAGCUUGUCAGCACUAUUUAGGUCUGAAUCAGAGAAAUUGGAACCCUUUACAGUGACUCUAUUGAAGCUAUGUUUUCAUUUCUUUAGCGUAGCAUGAGUUUGUGAACAGACAACACUACCAUAGCGCCUCCCCUGAAUGUGUUUUUAGCAUCGUAGCAGUAACCUAUGAAAACCGCAUCUGUGUGACCACAAUGCAUUUCCCCUUUUCUGCAUGAUUUGCUUUCCCAUAAGUCAUUUUGGCCAGUCUAUGUUAUUGGUAACAAGAGCAGAGAAAACGUUGAAAGCUAGCAGAGAUUGCAUAUUUCAGAGGCCGUUAUGACCAGAAAAUGUCCGUUCAUUAACUCGUGCUAUCUUUGCUAAAAAUGUUUUUACAAAAAUGUCACUUUGAGUUUCCUCAUCCCACUUAUCCAUCUCGUCAUUUCAGUCCUUCCACGUCACUUCAAACCCACUAUUAUGGAUGAAUUCAUUAUUCAUUUAGUUGAUAGAUUGCACUUUUAUGUGGUUGGUAGAUUUUCAUGCCAUCUCACAUGAGUCAUUUCAAAUCAUGUAUCAUGUUCAUCAUACUGAAUUACAUAACAGGGAGGAAACUGUUGUGUCUGUCAGAAUUACACUCACCCUCAAUUUUCUGACCUGCCAAAUUGAAAGAUUAAUUUAACUUUAUGAGAGAUGAAGGCUUUUUUUUUUUUUUUACCGUGUGUUUAAGAUAUUUUUACACUUUUACAAAAAAGAAUGAUUUUGAAAAAUAUUUGUUGACCUUUAUACCAUGUUUAAAAGCAAAAAAUAUGUCUUUUUUAUUGAGAACUGUUAAUAAACCUGAACCCACUAGGA